CAUUACUAAUGAACUUUAGAGUAGAUUUGUCACUGUAGUUUGUAGCAAUGAACGGUGCUGUUAGAACCGCCGUUAAGGUUUCCGGCGACCACAAAACACCGCCGUCGAGCUUAGAUCUCAACGCCGGUAGCCGAUUAGCACCACCUCCUUACGAUUCAUCCUAUGUCUUAGCCACCAGAUCAUCCAGACAAGUUCUCUCUUACUGGACAUGCUCUAAGCUUUGUGCAAUUUUCUUUGUUGGUGGAGUUGUUUUUGGUUACACACUCAGAGGACGUGUUAAGCGUUGGGCUUCUAAGAUUCUCAAGAAACUUAGCUGAAACAAAUUUUGAUUUCACUUACUGAUUUGGUUAGGGUUUAGUUUCAUAUAAAUCUUAGCUUGAGAAAAAAAAAUGUGAAUUUUGCUCAAUUCUUAGAGAUACUUACUGAUUAUGAUUGUUGCUUUAUGGUUUUCUACCAUUGCUCGA